UGUGGUUUAUGUGUCAAUUUAUGUCAACAUAUAUUGACGCCCCCCUUUUAUUAUUAGUGAAAAUUUAAUUUAAUUUAGCGAAAUUUAUCAAUAAUAACGUUGUUUCGAGCGUUAGGGAGACCUGGAAGUGUUUGUGACGUAGUUUUGUUGAUUAAUACACAGUUGAUGAUAUAAUUUAAACGAAAAACAUAUUGGCGUGUUUACCAAAACAGGAAAAUGUGUGUUUUAUGUAUUUAAAUGACUUAAUUUGAGUAAAAAUGGCAAAUGCGGAUGAUACAAUUUCGACCCUAUCGGAUAACAGCACUCUAAUAGAUGGUAGUGUAAUUUCAACCGUACCGGACAGGCAUGGUUUUUUGGGCGGGACUCAGUACAGCCCUGAACCUAGGCAGGUUGGGCCCCCGCCAAAUACUGUUUUAAGGCGGGAACGCAAGUGGUUGAAAAUGUUGUCGCAAUGGGGGUUUUACAUGGGAAGGAAUUACAAAAAAGUCAAAGAGAGAUGCAGAAAAGGUAUACCUAUGUCUGUGAGGCCAAAAGCUUGGCUUUAUUUGUGCGGAGGUAAGCUUUUAAUGGAAAAAAAUCCCAACACCUACGAAGACACGCUACGGGAACCUGGCGAUCCCAAAGCUUUGGACGACAUAAAAAAAGACAUACACCGACAAUUCCCUAUGCACGAGAUGUUUAAUUCCGAGGAUAAACCCGGUCAAAAAGAAUUAUUCAACAUUUUAAAAGCCUACGCGUCGUACAACGAAAAAAUCGGUUACUGUCAGGCCCAGGCCCCAGUGGCGGCUUUUUUGCUGAUGCACAUGCCUUCGGAGGAAGCUUUUUGGUGCCUUGUGAGCAUAUCCGACAAAUAUUUAAAGGAUUAUUACUCACCUGAUAUGGAAGUGGUGCAAAGAGACGGCCUCAUACUGCAAGGUCUUCUAAAAAAAAAUUGCCCGGCCGUGUACAAGCACUUGAAAAAAGUGAACGCCGAGCCGAUGUUCUACUGUACCGAGUGGUUUUUGUGCGCUUUCACGCGCACCCUGCCCUGGGACACUUUGUUGAGGUUAUGGGACAUUUUUUUGUGCGAAGGGGUUAAGGUUCUAUUUAAAACCGCCAUAGUCAUUCUGGCCGAGUGUUUGGGUUCGGCUAGGAGUAGGAAGGAAUGUUCCGGGUUGUGCGAGACUUUGGCCAAGUUGAGAAAUCCUCCGGAACAUAUUUUGGCCGAGGAGAAUUUGAUAUAUGCCAUAAAUCGGCUUGAAAUAUCCGAACGCGAUUUCGAAAUCGAGCACCAAAAACAGACGAAACGUCUAAAACUGGAGAAACAAGCGACGAACGGCGACCGGUAAAUUAUAAAAAAUAAAAUCGUUAAAAAUACUCGAAAAAUUCGACAAAGAAAAAGUUCUUCCAUGUUAAAAAUGCACUGGUUUUUUGGGGGCAAAAAUAUUUUUGUAAGGUUUUACAAACACUCAAAUUUUCGUUCAAAAGUUAUGUUAAAAUGCAUUUAUUAGUUUAGUUUUUUUGUAUAGGUGCAAUAUGUUUAAUUCUCGUAUAUUUUUUUGAUUUGGCGUUUUUUUACAUUAUUUAUGGGAAAAAACGUAAAAUUUUUAAAGUAACUAUGGAUUCAACAAUCUACAGUAUUUAAAAUACGGGGUGUUUCUAAAACCCCCUGUAUAACACUUUAUUUAUAAUAAUAUAUAUUUUAUGCGAGUUUUUUUUUGUUAUUAAGAUGCACAACUUUUCUAGUCCUAGAAGCAACUACUUAUUACAAAAUGUUAUUAAAAAUGACGAUUUUUUCCAAAAAGUUGCCAU